GGGCAAUAUUUUCCAGAGGGGAGUAGGGUCGGCAUGAACGCCCACGUCCUCCACUUCGACACCAACAUCUUUGGCAAGGACGGCGAAGAAUGGAACCCGGAUUGAUGGCUGCAACCUGGAGCCGAGAACAUGGAUCGACACGUGAUGAAUUUCGGCGCCGGUCCGCGCACGUGUAUUGGAAAGAAUGUCUCGUUGACCGAGAUCCACAAACCCCUUCCCAAUAUCCUUUUGCAUUAUCACAUCGAGCUGGUCCACCCCGAAUAAGAAUGGACAACUCAUAAUUUCUUGUUUAACAAGCAACUCGGAAUCGACGUCAGAGUAAAACGGCGA